AUGAGUGCUGCUAUAGCUGAUGGACCUCCAGAGGCUAAAAAAUUUCGAAUUGAAAUGCCGACAGAGGCUGAAAUAGAAUCAUCUGUUAGUCCGCCAUCAGAUUCGACAAUUGUAUCAGGAUCGUUGGAAGGCCAGCCUUUGACAGGUGAAGCUCCACAGGAAGGCCAAUCACCAGCAGCCCCAUCUUCAGCUCGUUCAAGCAACGGCAGUGUGAUAUCUAAUGGUUCCGGUGAUAAGGACGAAGAUGCUGAAAUGGGAAUGACAGGCAAUCUGUUAGAUCUCAUAAGCAAAAGCUUAUUGGGAAAUGUAUUGAAGCAAGAAGAUGCUCCGGUUACAAGACGACAGUCGCUCAGCCCAUCUCCCGCACCGCCAGCCCCAGUUCCCGGAGCCGUGGCUGUUGCUCAGUCCCCUGCUGCUCAGCUGUUUACAGCCAUGAGAAGACUUCAGGACGAUUGGAGUUGGCACCGAAAUCCUGCUGCAGCCAUACGAAGUGGUGGAACAAACAAGCAAACACCAGUUUGGAAAUAUUUUGUUUACAACAAAGCGGAGAACCUAAGCAGAUGUAUCAUUGGAGAUUGUACAUACAUGCUUAAAGGUCCUCAUACAAGUACAUUAGCUUGUCACUUGAAGAAGCAUCCUGCAGAGUAUGCAGAAUUCCAAAAACUGAAGGUUGAUUACACAAGAGACAGACAUGGUGGAAAUGUUCCGUCCUCUCCAUCAUCCACUUCAUCUGGAACUAGCCAGCCCAUCAGUCAAAAACCGAAGGUCAAGAAAGAACAACGCACUGACAUCAAUAAUCUGGCUAAUGCAUUGAGACAAACACCAACAUCGGCUACUUCUCAAGUACCUAAUUUGGUUCAGAACAUACUGAGUCUCAAUCCAUUACAAUUGAUGAUGAAUCAACAAGUCCCAACCUCUACUGCAGGCUUGACACCUGCUCAAGCAGCUUCACAACUGCUUCAACAAGCAGGAUUGUCGUUAUCGGCUACAGGACAAAUCAUGCAGUCAAAGAAAUGGAGAAGAGAUGAAAGAAGACAACGGGAAUUAGAGUCUCGAUUAGCCUUAGCUCUAGUCACUUCUCAUGUACCUUUGGAAUCUUUACAAUCCCCACUCUGGAGAGAAUUCAUGGAGUGCGCCCAGCCCAAGUUUUCCUUCCCUGAAGAAAUUCAAUCUUUGGAACAAUUGAUGUCUACGUAUCACCAUCGGAUUUCCCAAACAAUAAAACAACAAAUCUCUUCAACGAAACGUCUUUGCAUUUUCGUUGAAGCUUUGAAGGUUCCCAGUGCUCAACAAGAAGAUCCUAUCCUCCGAUUGGCUGUUUUCGCUUCAUUCCAUGGAUACACUGGAGCUAAAUUAGAGAUGCAAAACGUUCUCUUAGCUUUCCGUCAAUUGUCAGCUGCCGAUUCUACUUCUGAAUCGAUUAGCUUGACUGUUGAACAGAUUCUCAAUGAAUACGAAGUCUCCAUGGAUAAAGUGAGCCGCGUGCUUUGCAGUGGUAUAUCAUCUUUACUGGGGAAUGAGGAAACAAAACAGAAAAUUUUUGAUAAUCAUAUGGAGCCGUUCUCUGAAAGACUUUUCACAGUUUUCACAAACUUCGUGGAAUCUUCAUCAGUAGUAGAAGACUUAAGAAAAUCGGUUUUCCAAUUAAUAUUCGCUUUCGUCACUAAGCCUGAAGCUCUUCAAUGUCUAAAUAAGGCGAUAGAUUGCGGCGGAACUGUUGAUCUCCCAUUGACGGAGCCUUUCCCAGUUUUAGUGGAAGCCGUUUUGAAGAUAAAAGACGCUAUUGAACUGAUAAGCGAUCAAGGAUAUGUACAAAAUCUGAAUGAACAACAAUGGCUUCUGCUUCAAGCUUUGUCCAGCGCAGCUCAAUUGUUCCGUCAAGUUGCGGGCAAUGAAACGACAACUAUCGAUAACGUUAUCCCAUGUAUAAAACAGUUACUGAACAGUUUAGAAAAAGAAAGCAUUUAUUCUAUGAUAUUUGAAGAACUUUGUCAAUUUAUCAAAUCAAAGCUUAGUUAUAUCACCGAUGUGGACCAUCCAGAGUUUGAAGGAAUAUACGUUUUGGCGACUGCCUUGAGCCCUCAGAUGGCUAUUCUAUUGAAUGAAGAGCAAACUGCUUAUGCUCGCAAAGCUAUCGAGAAGAAGCUCUGUGAGAAACUUCGUGUUCCUGCUCCUGCUCGUGCGCUUGGAGUUGAUGCAUUACUUGCUAAUGUUCUCAAUCAAUCCAAACUCAAUGGAAAUGUAACCGAUUUAACAUCUAACCCCAUAUAUGCGGAUUUGCUUCAACAAGCUCAUGAAAGGCUUCAACAAGAACGACCACCUGCUCGUGAUCGUUUGGCUGAAGCACUUGUCUCGUCUUAUUUCGAUGAAAUACUAUCAGGGUGCACCGUUGAAGCCUUUUUAUCACCUUUCGGAAACAGAGCAUCUUUUGGAAACCCAUUCCAGCCACCAUUGCAGUUCUGGCAACAAGCUUCUGCUCAAUGCCCACAGCUAGCUGAAUUGGCUUCCGAACUCGUAUCUAUACCAGCUUGCCCCCCGUCAAUUUCGCGGCUGUUAUCUCAACGAAUACGUGAUAGUCCAUGGCAUAAUCCUGACUCCUCACUCAUUUUAUCGCAUUUGGACAAAGCCGAGAGGCUUGAGCGAGAUUUGAUUUUGAAGUCAAACAGACAAUUUUUGCCCAAAACAUACUGA